GAAAACAUUUUUUCUUUCUCUUCUUCUCUUUCAGAAAAACAAAACAAACAUUCCUCAAGCAAAACAUAUAGAUUAGCUACGGACCAAGAGAGAUGGGUAGGGCUCCAUGCUGUGACAAGGCAAAUGUGAAGAGAGGCCCGUGGUCUCCUGAAGAAGAUGCAAAGCUUAAAGAUUACAUAGAGAAUCAAGGCACUGGUGGCAAUUGGAUUGCUCUCCCUCAAAAAGCUGGUUUAAGGAGAUGUGGGAAGAGUUGCAGACUGAGAUGGUUGAACUAUCUGAGACCAAACAUUAGGCAUGGAGAUUUCACUGAGGAAGAAGACAAGAUUAUCUGCGGCCUCUUUGCCUCCAUUGGAAGCAGGUGGUCAGUAAUAGCAGCGCACUUGCAAGGUAGGACUGAUAAUGACAUCAAGAAUUAUUGGAACACUAAGCUCAAGAAGAAGCUCCUUGCUACCAUGGCUCCUCCUCCUCCUCCUCCUCCACCUCAUCACCACUUAGCCAUUGCUUCAUCAUCGGCAUCAUCACCAUCAUCAUCAUCAUCAUCGUCACAUUACAACAUGAUCAAUAAUCUACUUCCGUAUAACCCAUCAAUAGCAACAAACCAGCUGAACACACCUCAUCAGGGGAUGAUGAUGACAAUGAUGGGCCAACAACAACAACUAUUAUACCAAGAAAACAUGGGCAGUAUGGUAAAUUUUCCAAACAUAAACAAUCUCAUAAUGAGCCAUCAAGAAGACAUCCAGAAGCAAAGUACAAACAAGGGAAUAAUGUUGUUGAGUGAUGUAAGAAGUGGGUCAAGUACAACAAGUACAGUACCAAUGGUGAAGAUGGAAUAUCAUGAUCAUGAUCAUCAUCAUGAAGAGGAGGAGAGAUCAAUGGAAGAUUAUGGAAUGGAGGAGAUCAAGCAAUUAAUAAGUAGUAGCUGUACGAGCAGUAGUAGCAAUAGCUUGUGGUUUGAUGAAAACAAGACAGAGGAUAAGUUCAUGUUGUACUAUUGAUUCAAUCUCUCUUACCAACUUUUGAUU